AUGGAUGUUGUUGAAUUACUUAGACCCUUUGUUGAGACUAAAGCUUGGGACUAUGUUGUUGUUUGGAAAUAUGGAAAUGACCCAACUAGUUUUAUUGAAUGGAUGGGUUGUUGUUGUUGUGGUGGCAACAUUGAGAAGGUGAAGAUCAAAAAAGAGGAAUACAAGAUGGCUCCCAUUUGUAGGGAUACCCUCUUUCCCCAUCCAGUUAGAACAAAGACUUGUGAGGCUCUUGCAAAGCUUCCUUUUGCAAUGUCUCUUUAUUCUAGGUCUCUCUCUCACUCCCUCUCAUUUGUUCAUGGAGAGGUUGCAAUUUCACAACAACCAAUAUGGCAUAUCCAGGAGGACUCAAUUGGAACUCAAGUUUUGAUUCCUAUUUUGGGUGGUCUUGUGGAGCUCUUCACUUCAAAGCUGAUAGCAAAAGAUAUAAACAUCAUCGAGUUCAUAUCAGCACACUGCUGUGUCCCUAUAAAGCAAGAAGCCAUGUCUGCACAGAGCUAUACCAACAUGAACUUCAAUGAGCAUUAUUACCCUUCUCCCGGUCUAUCUGCAGAAAACCAUAGCAGCUCUAAUCCAAGCAUUGAAGGACCCUCCAAUGGAUCUAAUCCUUCAACAGAAUACUUCUCAUUUGAUUCAAAAUUUGAUUGCUUGGUUCCACAUGAAUGUCUGAAUCAACCGGUUGAAAUAUCUCCUAUACUAAAAGUUAAAAGCCGCGGGUACAAUAAAACUAAGAGUUUCCAUUAUGGAAAUGGCGAAGAAGUUAAAGUAGAAACUGUUAAGGAGCCUCAAAAGGAAAUGUAUCAUGCUAAAAAUCUUAUCACAGAGAGGAAUAGGAGGAAAAGAAUUAAACAGGGGCUUUUUACUCUAAGGUCUCUAGUCCCUAAUAUAACCAAGAUGGAUAGAGCAGCAAUUGUGGAUGAUGCAAUUGAAUACAUAAAGGAAUUGCAGAGGCAAAAGAUAGAACUUCAAGAAAAGGUUGAUGUUUUAGAUGUUGAGGAUUGUAAAAAGAACACACUACAAAUGAAGGUGCAAGGAGACAAAGAACAACCUCUCAGUGAGCUUCAUCAAAGUUCUUUUGAUUCCAUUAGAAAGACACAAAUGGAGUUGCAAGUAGAAGUGAAUCAUGUUCGCGGAACAGAAUUCAUGAUCAAGUUGUGCUGUGAAAUGAAGCGGAGUGGGUUUUCAGAGUUGAUGGAAGCAAUAGAUUCAUUUGGACUGCAUGUGACAACUGCCAAGGAUAUUCACCCGACAAAACUCAGAGAGUAUUUGAUACAGAAGACAAGUUGA